GCCUUCCUCCCUUUUUAGAAUAAUCUUUACCUGGCUAAAUACGUCCAGGGCUAAUCUUUAAGGCUGGAGUGAUCCUGUAGUCCUUGGCUCAGCAGUGAAAGUCCUGCCCUUAGACACAAAAGGGUUUUCCCAUUUAACCAUCAGCAGGACACAACAUGCAGCUCCUCAACACUGACAAGCAAUAUAGGAUCCUCAAGCUAUGUCAUAAUGGUGGGCAUUCUGUUAAUAUCAACAAGAGGGCCCUUGUGAUAUUUGUGAUCGUUCUCUGCAACUGAACCAAGACUGGGAGUGGGGCAGCCAUGAGUGUAGACACUGACGGAUUGGUGGAGCUGGACUCUGAGCACAAUGCUGAGCUGGCUGACAUGGUGGCCGGCAUGAAAAUAAAUGUGGCAUCCAACCGGAUUACCCCUCCCAUCUGCCACCGAAGGCCCCCUGCCACAGCUCGCCAGAAACUGUCAUUGUCAGACAGGAAGCUGUCAUUGCAGGAGCGAUCAACCCAGCCGCGAGUCCAUCGGCCUACGAUCGAGUCCAAGCGGGUGUCCAUCUCAGAUUCCCAGGAUUGUAUUCAGCUCAACCAAUACAAGUUGAAGGAAGAAAUUGGAAAGGGCUCAUAUGGUGUGGUGAAAUUAGCAUACAAUGAAAAUGAUGAUCAAUACUAUGCAAUGAAAGUAGUUUCAAAAAAGAAGCUGAUGAAGAUGUGUGGAUUUCCUCGACGUCCACCUCCCCGAGGAGCCACAACAGAACCGGGACUGUCACCCAGAACCAUGGGGCCACUGGACAGGGUCUACCAAGAGAUCGCCAUCCUGAAGAAAUUAGACCACCCUAACAUUGUCCGUCUGGUCGAGGUCCUUGAUGACCCUGAUGAAGACAACCUCCACAUGGCCUUUGAGUUAGUGCCAAAAGGCCCAGUGAUGGAGGUGCCCAAUGACACUCCCUUUACCGAGGAACAGGCCCGAAUCUACUUCAGAGACAUCAUCCUGGGGAUUGAAUACUUGCACUACCAGAAGAUCAUCCAUAGAGACAUCAAGCCUUCCAACCUGUUACUAGGUCAUGAUGGCCAUGUAAAGAUUGCAGAUUUUGGUGUCAGUAACCAGUUUGAGGGUAGCGAUGCUCUCCUGUUCAGUUCUGCGGGGACUCCAGCCUUCAUGGCUCCAGAGAUGAUGACUGACCAUGAGCAGAGCUUUACUGGCAAGGCCUUGGAUGUGUGGGCCAUGGGAAUCACAUUGUACUGCUUUAUGUAUGGGAAGUGCCCUUUUUUUGAUGAAUACAUCAUUGGCCUGCACAAUAAGAUAAGGAACAGGGCUGUAGAAUUUCCAAAUACGCCUAAUGUAUGCAUGAAGUUGAAGAAUCUCAUUUUAAGGAUGCUUGAUAAAAAUCCUUAUUCAAGGAUCACCGUUCCUGAAAUCAAGGAGCACCCGUGGGUGACAAAGGAUGGCACUGACCUCCUGCCCCUGGAGGAAGAACACUGCACAGUGGUGGAGGUCACUGAGGAGGAGGUCCAGAACUCCAUCAAACUCAUCCCAAGUCUGUCUGCUGUGAUUCUAGUGAAAUACAUGCUGAGGAAGAGGUCCUUCAGCAACCCCUUUGAGUGUCACAACAGGAGGGCAAAGCGCUCCAUGUCGGCCCCAGGAGGCCUCCUUGCGGAAUCUUGGGGGCGCUUGGAAUCUAAGGUUCAUCCUUCAUUGAGGACAAGUGCAUACAGGAAAUCAAGCCGAGAAGGAGAGCUGAAUGGAAGCAGAGAGGGCGAGUUAGAGGACCUUACAGAAGAUGAAGUUGCAUUUCCGUAGGUCUGCUGAUAAGUUAGCUUUACCUUCCACACAUUUUAUUCUCUUCUCUGACUAAUUACAAUUGUUCAAAGGAAACUCUUUGCUUCACCUUUAGAUAUAAUGUAAUUUUCAUUUAAUGUAUUUGAAAAGAGAACUGAAUACAAAGGGCUCACCCUGAUACAAUAUUUUAGAAAAUGCUGCAAUUGACAUUGUAAAUCAUAUAUAGACAUUGCAAAACAUGUAUUUGGUGUACUUGUUUUGUCUUAUCCUAUCUGCAUCAUGUUCAUGUCUGUAAACAUAGCUUGUAAAAUGUCUGUUCAUUAUGUACUACAUUGCUAAUAAAUGUUACAUUUCGGUA